UCCGGUUCUACGGUAUCGUGUGACAUGCACGCGCACAUCGUCAUCCCAAGUAUAAAAACUACCACCUUACCGGGACCUUUACCAAACGUAGUCCACUAGUCUGUAUAUCACCAUGUAUUCCAAAGUAAUACUCAUCAGCGUCGUAGUGGCGAUUUGCCAAGCUGGUGUAAUAGAUGACAGUCACAGUCACGCAAUCUCCUCGCAGAGUAUCGUCCGUCAUGACCAACCCAGCGAACGUUCACACUUCACACCAGUCUUAGAACACUCGGCUCCUAUCAUUGAACAUGCACCCUCAUAUAUCCAUCAUCCAGUACAAAUCCAGCAUGCCACCCCCAUUCUCCAACAUUCAUCUUUCCUUGAACAUAGUGCUCCAUUCGUUCAUGCCGCUCCAGUGGUUCAUACUCCGCUAGUUCAUACCGCUCCACUAGUUCAUGCUACACCUGUAGUUCAUGCUACUCCUGUAGUCCAUGCCGCUCCAGUGGUUCAUGCUGCCCCAGUAGUUCAUGCUGCUCCAGUAGUGCAAGCACCCGUGGUUCAUCAUGUAGCAUCUGCUGUUCAUCAAUCUCCAGUUAUUCAACAAGUUAACUCAGCUUCUGCCUAUGCAGAACGUGUUGAAGAGCAUGCUCCUGCCAAGUACGAAUUCUCGUACUCGGUUGAAGAUCCUAUUACUGGAGAUCACAAGUCACAACACGAGAGUCGCGAUGGCGACAUCGUGAAGGGAGAAUACUCUCUUCUCCAGCCAGAUGGCUCCAUCCGUAAAGUAGAAUACACUGCUGAUGAUCAUAAUGGUUUUAGCGCGGUGGUGCAUAACUCGGCGCCAAGCGCGCACGCCGCACAACCCGCCCCCGUGCAGGAGCGCGCGCCCCUACAACCUGCGCCCGCGCAAUAUGCCCACCACUAAACUACUAUAAACGCACACAGACUGUAUUAAUCAUAACGUAUACUAUU